AUGGUCGCCGAAUUCCAUUCCUCUUUACAACUAUUGCACACUUUUGUAUCUUAUACUCUCCAACUGCAUCGCUCUAUUACCACAACUAUCACCGCUUUUGGUCAUAUGUUUUCAACAUCACUUAGCAACAAACAAUGGGAUUCAACUUGGGAUGGCUUGCCUAGAGAAAUUCGACGUCUCAUCUUUGAAGCCCUGGUGCAAGAUGGCUGCAGGUUGAGUCGCUUUGCCACAGUGUCCAGAGAGUGGCAGACCGAGCUCGAGCGAUAUAAUUUUGCUCGAAUCAAACUGACACCAUCGCGACUUGUUGAUUUUGAUUCAAUAACUCAUCGCAAUCAGGCUUUUAUUAGCUAUAUUUGGUUCUGCUUGGAACUUGAUAAAUACGAUUGCACCAAAUGCGCGCCAGCCAGUUCAAUCUCGGAUUAUGAAGAAGCACUCACUAUUAGUGAUACAGAUCACUGUCCUAUCACUACAUCAUUUCAGAAUCUCUUCUCCGUCCUCAGCAGAUGGGGUCCUAGCGCCGGUUUAAUACUUGAUAUCAGCAUCUAUUCGCCUAGUGACUCAACACAUUGGUUCAAAUAUCUGACCUUUAUGCCUGAUACUCCUUUAGACCCGUUAGACGGUCGGCACGGCAUAGAUCAGAUAGUCUCAAGCAAACCAGUCUAUAAUGAUCCUCAACAUGGAUGGGUUGAUGGUUUCCGACACUGCGCGCCGCCUAGAUCGGCAGUUGCUAAAGUUUUUCAUUCAGUCAUGGAAGAGGGACCGUUUGAGAGUGAUCAGGCAGAGCUACAAUGGUGGGAUCGGCUUCCAUCAGUCCCGGCAGUAACCACAUUACUUCUCCGGCAACAGAACCGGAGGAGAUGGAAGCCAGAAGCGCUUGCACAUAUGUUUGCCCAGUUUCCCAGACUCCAAGAAGUCCACUAUGAACCCUGGAGAGAAUGGGGCUUUAUGAAGUUGGAAACAGAUAAACAGUACCAAUAUCUUUUCAAGUCUAUUCAACAUUUUAAUAAGAAUCUUAAAAGACUUGUAGUCUUUGAGAACUUUAAUCAACAGUAUCCAGCUAUUAUGCAGCGAUUCCAGUUUGGUGUUGAUAUAGCUGAAUGCGAGAGUAUUCGCAAUCCAACACCAGCUGUCAGCCGGAUGGUCGUGCUCGCUAGCCUUAAGCUUGAGCAUCUUGCAGCAUCAUUUAUUAUAGAUGCUAGCCACUUCUUUGAUAAUAUUGAACCGUCUUGGGAGUGGCCAAACCUAACUUCGCUUAUGCUAACUUCAAACUUACUUUCACUAGACAAAAGUCCAAUUAAGAUUAGAGCUAUGCUUCAGGCCGCAGCAGCAAUAGCUACAAAGAUGCCACAACUGGAAAGAAUGGAAAUUUGGAACGGACAAAAGGGCUUAGCAGUACUCUUUAAAUAUCAGGUGUUUCGCAAUAUACGGCAAGCUAGAAUCACUUGGAGAGGCACCUGGAAUCUUGCCAUGGAAUCUUCAAUAGUCCAGGCUUGGGAAGUUCUCGUACAUCAGCGAGAUGGUUGGAGAUUGAAUCUAAUUCAGGAUCUGCUAGAUGGAGCUACUAUCAAAUCUCACGGUGACGCAAUUCGACAAACUUAUGCUUUCAGGCCAGGUCAUUCGGCCUAUCUCGUUGCAGCAGAUCCAGAUAGAACAGAGCGCCCUAGGGGGCGUAGAAACAGUGUCAGAAUGAUUUAUCUAUUAAUAGAUAGAGACCUACAGUGUCAUUGCAUAAUAUAA